CGGGAUCCGCGGCGGCUACCCACUCCCGGGACCGUUCCGCGGCCAGAGCCGAGUGCACGCUGGCCGCUGAGUUCUCUGCGUCCUGCGCCCGAGGCGGCGUGCCGGCCCCGUCGCGGUCCUGGGGCGCGCCGCGGGGUGCGGGCCCGGAGCCGGGAUGCCGGAAGGACCGUCUGUGAGGAAGUUCCACCACUUGGUCUCCCCCUUUGUGGGGCAGCAGGUGGUCAAGACAGGGGGCAGCAGUAAGAAGCUCAACCCUGCCAGCCUUCAGUUCCUGUGGCUUCAAGACAACCAGGUCCAUGGAAAGAAAUUAUUCCUUAGAUUUGAUCCAGAUGAAGAACUUGGGUCCCUUGGCAACAAGUCACUGCCAGAGCUUCUGCAGGAAGGAGAGAGGGAGGAAGAGGCUGAGGACCAAAAGCAGGCCUUGGGGCCCAGCAGCUGGGAAAUCUCUAACCAGUUAUGUCCGUCCAUGGAGCGUGUCGUUCCCAGUGGAGACAAUGGCUUGGAGUGUUUGCAGAGAGGCACUCCCGCAGGGGCCGCUGAGAGGUGGCUGCAGGUCAGCUUUGGUUUAUUUGGCAGCAUUUGGGUGAACGAGUUCUCCAGAGCGAAGAAAGCAAACAAGAAGGGUGACUGGAGGGACCCCAUUCCAAGGUUGGUCCUGUACUUUGGCGGUGGCGGCUUCCUGGCAUUUUAUAAUUGUCAGAUGGCUUGGAGCCCUUCCCCAGUGGUCACACCCACCUCUGACAUCUUGUCUGAAAAGUUCCAUCGAGGACAAGCCUUAGAAGUUCUGAGCCAGGAGCAGCCUGUCUGCUAUACACUGCUGGACCAAAGAUACUUCUCAGGUUUAGGGAACAUCAUCAAGAACGAAGCCUUGUACAGAGCUGGGAUCCAUCCCCUCUCUCUGGGCUCCCUCCUCAGUCCUCCACGACUCGAGGCCCUGGUGGAUCAUGUGGUAGAGUUCAGUGCAGACUGGCUUCGGGGCAAGUUCCAGGGCAGACAGCAGCACACGCAGGUCUACCAGAAGGAGCAGUGCCCCGCUGGGCACCAGGUUAUGAAAGAGGCCUUUGGGCCUCCGGGCGGCUUCCAGAGGCUCACCUGGUGGUGCCCGCAGUGCCAGCCCAGGCUGCCGGCCAACGAACAAGGGCAGAGCCAGCCCUCCUCCGGCUCUCAGGCCCCUACUUCACCACACUCUGCUCUGCAGGGGCUGUGAUUCCCGCGUGCCGGGUAAGGGGGCGCUGUCAGUAUUUGGGACUGAGCACCGCAAGUGAGGGGGGAGCCGGGGAAUGUCAGUGCCCCUGCUGUCCAUCUCUCUGGUGUUCUGUCUAAGGCACUUUCUACAGGGUUAGAUUUUUUUUUUCCCUCUUCUCUAGUUAUGAUUCAUUCUUCCUAUCGAAUCCUGCCAUUGUGAAAGAUGAGAACACUCAUGACAGCGGUAAAGGGAGAAACCUCCCGGGUGGGAGGCCAGUGAAAAUGAUAGCUUGUGGAGAACAGCUGUGCCUCCACGUUGCUUUGCAGGCCUUGGGUUUUGUUUUUGAAACCUUGGUUGGUUUUCAGGCCUUCCAUUGGAGAAACAGGAAACUGGAAUCCAGUCAUGAGGGUGGAGUAGAGCAUGAGGAUUCUGGUCCACCUGGAUCCUUUCUUGGGGGAGGGAGACCCCGAGAGAAGGAGGGGGGAGGAAGAGCGGAACCAGGGAAUUGGCCACCUUCCUGCCAUGCCCAGUGAGCUUUAGAGAAAAGCUACUUAUUUCCUCCUCAAGGUGAUAUAUUUGUGACUGCUGAUACGUUGAAUUGCGCAAGAAUCAAGGAUUGUAGAGACACGUCGUCAGGUUGUUAGCAACGUCUCGAACUGACGUGAAAUAAAGCUCUUUGGCAUUUUC